GAUGAGGAUCGGAGCCGAGAUUGGUACUGCAAGGGCUGCGGCGAGCGAAACUUCAUGAAGCGCUUCGAGUGCUUCAAGUGCAAAGCGCCGAAGCCGCCGGAAGCUCCCGGCGAUCAGCCCGUUGCACCUCCGGUCCCGACGCCUCCGCCGAAGCGGACGCUUUCGCCCCACGCCGGGUCCAGAGCGAUGCGCGAGAUGUACAAGCAGGGCCUGCUUGGGCCGGGUGCCGCUGCCGCCGCCGCAGCUGCGCCGGCGAAGAGCCCCUCAAAAAGCCGGAGCAAGAGGAGCCCAUCCAGUAGCUCCUCCAGCAGCAGCCGGCAGAAGAAACG